UUAAAAGAUGGGUUUUAUCACUUUCCGAUUCACGCGGAUUUUCGUACUUACCUCGGUUUCCAAUACGAGGGAAGUUGGUAUGUAUGGUGUUUCUUACCGUUUGGCUGGGUUGGAAGUCCGUACUUCUUUCACAAAUGUAUCCGUGCUGUGAUAGAAUAUCUGCGUGGUGUAAAACGGCUUUCGGUCAUGGCUUAUGUAGAUGAUUUUUUGCUCACAUCAACGCACAGUAGCAUAGAAAAUGAUGUAGAAGUGUUCAUGCAAACAUUACAAUCACUGGGGCUGUGUGUGAACCGACAAAAGUCAUGUUUUAUUCCUUCGGCUUCAGUGACCUAUUUGGGGUUCGUUGUCCAUUGUGCGUCAGCUGGCAAUCCGCCAAGCAUCACAGUACCUAAAAAUAAGGUCGCCAAGUUGAAGCAGGACAUUUCUAGAAUGUUGAAACGUCCCACUGUGUCGGCACGUCUGCUUGCCCGUAUUGCUGGCAGAUGCAUCAGUAUGAUGGCGGCGGUUUUUCCCGCAAAACUCAAGCUUCGUAAUGUUUACCGGCUUCUGAAUUCUAGGCGUUCGUGGGACGAGGCCAUGGCCUGGUCGCCCGAGGCCAGGGAGGAUUUGGCGUGGUGGAUUACGUCACUGGACGGGUGGAACGGGCGGCAGCUGGUGCCGCCGGCUACCUGCGACUUGCAGCUCUCCACCGACGCGUCGGAGACGGGCUGGGGCGCCACCCUUUCGGCGCCGGUCGAACAGGCCGCUUCAGGCUGCUGGGGUCCGGAGCAGUUGGAGAGCAUAUUCGGCCCGCACACUGUGGACCGGUUCGCGUCGCUGUCAACGGCGCAGCUGCCAGUCUACAACAGCAGAUUCAGGGACCCCGCUACGUCAGGGGUCGAUGCGCUGGGACAGAGAGACUGGCACGAGCACAACAACUUCGUGAACCCGCCGUUUCGGAUGGUUCCCAAAUCCCAGAGUGUUGGAUGUAGUGGAGGCGCAGCGGGCCACGGCCACGCUGAUCGCGCCUCUGUGGCCGGGACAGCCGUGGCUGGAUCGGCUGCGGCGUCUCAGCAUCUGCCCGCCGCUCCGGCUACCGCCAGUGACUCUGUGCUGUCUGCCUCUGCUGCCGUACCAGCAGAUAGAACCGCACCGCAACACGCGGUGGACGCUGUUCGCCUGGCGGAUCUGUGGAGAGCCAGGUUAGAGGCUAAGGGCUGGUCGCCGGCGGCACGAGGUCAGUUCACGCUUUGCCUCGCAAAAUCGACGCUGGAUAAUUACGAUCGGUACAUCAACCUUUUCAGAGACUUUUGUGCGGAACGAGGUGUCGAUUUUCCCCAGUCAGAUUCAGCAAUAGUGGCUGACUUCCUGGUGACUCAGUGUGGUAGGUCUGAUCGACCGCAUUCAACCCUCCGUUGUAUUUCUGCUGCUCUGGCUGCUAUGUACGAGGCAUGUGAGGCAAUGAUUCCCCUCCAGGAUUCAUUGAUAGCGCGACUGUCCCAAGCUAUUGUGAAAAGUGGUACACGCAGGCCCAUUGCACGGUCCUCUGUCAUGGAUAUCUCUGCCUUUGUCCGUUUGUUUGAGUCAUGGCCCGGGAACGAUUCACUGUCGGUGAAAUUACUGCGCCUGAAAACUAUUACCUUGCUGGCAAUCGCAUUGAUGUUACGGCCAUCAGAUAUCGCUCCGCUGGCGAUGGGCUUCCAUGCGGGCUCAGGCGUGAUGGAAAGAUUUGUGCUGACGACGGAUCAGAUUCAGUUCAGGUCAGAUGGUAGGCUAGAUGUGACUUUUCUCGGCAUCAAAAAUGACGCUCAGAGGACAGGAUUUCGGGUAACGCUGCCUCCUAACCCUGUGGAGUCGGUAGAUCCGGUGGCGGCUCUGCGUGUUUAUUUAGCUCGGACCGAGUCGUGUCGCUGUCCGACAUCGAAGCCUGUUUUCCUUACUUUAGUUCGGCCGUUUCAGGCAGUGUCAGCGAGUACAGUGGCUUCUAUCCUGCAAGAUGCUAUACACUUAGCGGAGAAAUUCGGGUUGGCGAAAGGCCACACUCCGAAAGAUUUUCGGCCCACUGGUGCUACUCGGGCAGUUGAGCUAGGAUUCGAUGCAGAUGACGUGCAGCGACUUGGAAGGUGGAAAACGCGAUCCGUUUUCCUCGACCAUUAUGUACACAACAGCAUAGCUCCGUCUUUCACGCAGCGAAUGUUCGAGUGAGCCGUAUGUACAGGGCACAGGCGGUUAUGGGUCUCUCUAUGUGAUUGCAUUUGUAUAUGUAUGAUAUGGGAUAUAUACAUGUAAUACAUGCCUGAAGCGUCGAAUGUGUGUAACGUUGGUUUUAAGAAACCGUAGUUACCACAUUCGCCGCAAGGUGGCCGACCCGCGACCCGGUGCUGGGUCGCGGGCCGGGGCAGUCUGCGUUGGUGCUCGUUAAGUUUCUGUGUGGCUUAAGCAGAAGCUCCUGUUUCCGUUGAUGUAGGCUAUAGUCGGUGUUGGGAGCGAGGUUCGUGCGGAGUUACCUGUAUCGCGGAUGAUUGCAUUUGUAUAUGUAUGAUAU